AUGACAGACGAGACUAAAGAAGACAGCUGCCGCAGAGCUCCCGGUAAAACAACGGAGAAAAUGACAGCAGAGAAAAACAGAGAAGAAGGAGAAAGGGGGGAGAAAAGAAGGAGCGAAAAGAAGAAAAGAAAAAAAGAAAGGAAAGAAGCCGCACAGCCCGGAAGAAGACGAGGCAAACAAGAAACAAGAGAAAGAGGAGCUGAAAGAAGGAAGGCACAGUACAACCGGGAGACAAUAGAAAAGAGAGACGACAAGACAAGAGAGGAACGUAGAAAUGUACUAACAGAGGAAGACCGACACGGGAAGAAGAAGAGACGCGAGCGACAGAGAAGUAAGGGAAAUAUGAAAGCAGAGAACACCAGACAUAGGGAUCGCCUUCACAUCUCUUCUUGCCCCUCUUCCCCGUCAACAUCCUCCCCCCCUCACGUCUCUUUCUCCUGCCUCUUCCCCCUCUACACCCUCGCCCCCUCCACUAUCGACUCCUCACAUUUAGACGCAAGAAUCGUUGACGCAGCUGAUGCCCAUGAUAUUGUACUCUAUUGCUUGCCUUCAAAUACGACUCAUGAGCUUCAACCGCUAGACAAAUCGGUUAAUAAGUCGUUCGAACAUUUUUGGGAUGAGGAGGUUUUGUUGUAUGCAUAUCAGCAUCCAGAACGUAAAUUAACUAAAGUUCGUUUUACGAAAAUUUUUACAAAAGUUUGGUCUAAGUGCAUGACCAAGGACAAUAUAAUCAGUGGGUUUAGAGCUACCGGCCUCUUCCCGUAUGAUCCCAGCGCAAUUCCUGAAGAAGCGUAUGCACCUUCAGUACUUACACUAAUGCCCGAUCCACAGAUGGCAAGUUCCUCAAGAAUGCCUGAUUCAGUUUCUAAUUCAUCACCUUCAAGAGAUUCUAUUCCCGGAAGUCCUGUUAUGUACCCAAGAUGCGACAAUCAUUCGGAUGAAAAUUUUUCAAAUCGUGAGGAAGAGGACAGGAAUUUAUCACCAUCAAUUUUAAUUCACGAUGAUGUAUCCCCAAAUCAUGCAAAUUACGUCGAAAUCGUUGAAUCUUAUCCGCAAUCUCCAACUUUUGUCAAAAAAUUAGUUGAUUAUAGCUCCUCUUUUGAAGAUCUUAUCAUGGACAACUUGGAGAAUCAAGAUCCGAUUCAAAAGCUACCUGUUUUGGAGAAAUAUAGAAGUACAGAGUUUUCUUUACCUGUUCCUACUACCUCUGGCUUAAAUAAGCAACCUUUAAUACUGCGUUUAGGUUCCAGUACGCCUGAUUUAUCUGAAAAUGAGGAUUUUGAUGAAGGCCUUCAAAAAAUGAAAAAUUCUACAAAGCGUUUUAAUAUUUAUACUUCAUCUUCUGAAUCAGACGAAGAAAAAUUAAAUGCAGACCUCAGAAAACUUCCAUCGCUCUCUGAGCCCAAUAAAGUUCAACUUGAUGAUCCGGAAGAUAAUUUACCUUUAUCAGAACUGAAAAAACAUGCUGAAAAAUCACCAUUUCACAAACAAAUCCCCACUCCUAAUUUCGCUACCAUUAAAUACAAACCGAGAAGAAAAGCGGUGAAUUAUAUAGGCCAAAAAAUAACUAAAGAUUUGUUUGAUACUGCUAAAGAAAAAACGGCGAAGAACACUAAAAGAACAACCAAAAAAACUAAACCAAGCAGACGAGCAAGUGACGCUGAUACAACUAAAAAUUUGCAACUUACAAGAAACCAGAGACAGAAAGGAAAACAACCGAGUGACUCUAAUAUAGGUAAAAAAGAACUAAACAAGAAAAAAGGUAAUGAGCUUAAAAAAGUACCCAGAGAAAGACGACUGAAUGAAGAUAUUAAUAAGAAGGUGACAAAAGCAAGUAAGAAGAAGGAAUCUAAAACACUCGAAAAACAUGGUUGGUAUUGUCAUGGAUGCAAGGUGGAUAGACUUGAUGAUAUGCGUCAAUGUCAAAAAUGCCAAAAAUGGUAUCAUGAAGUUUGUGUGGGUUUAACCAAGGACGAUGAGGAGCAAUUCAUAUGUCCAGAGUGCAAUUAA